UUCCGUGUACCUGAAUACAGGACGGACAGGAGAGUUGAAAAGGGAGCGCGAAGUACAGGACGUGCACGUGAGGUUAAAUAAAGUGUUUUUUUUAUUUUUAUUUUAUUUAGCAAGGAGGACAACAAAACUAAUACUUCAAUUACAACAUAUUGCCGCAGGGACUGGCGAGAGACCAAAUAUUAGGAUUCCAUUGAUUAAAUCUGCUUGGGGUCAAAGAGCUCGCUGCCAGCUGACCGGGGAUCAGCGUGUCCAGCUCAGGCCACAGCUGGUCGGAGGCCGAGCGAGUGUCCGGCGGUUAAGAUGAAAAUGAAUCAGGCCUCUCAGGCUAAUUAGCGGGCCGCCGCCCUCCGCCCCCGCCGUGCUGCGAUUGGUCCUGAGGAGAACAACCUGCCGAUGGCCGCCGCAUCAUCAUUGUCCCUUCAACGGCAACAAUGAGGCGGAAUAACUAAUGAGCUCGUCCGGGCUGAGGUCUCACUAUUCUCAGCCUGGCUUUGGACGUGACCAGCAGCCUUCGGUGGGCCCGUCACCCCGCCAGGAAACCAGAAGAACAGAAAUGCUCUAAUAUUCGAAAACAACAAAAACAUUUAGCCUAGCAACCAAAGAACACAUAUAGUCAUUUGGAUUACUUUUUUCUUCACUAUUUACAUUUUUGUCAAGGAUUUCACAGAGGAGAACAGCAAAAAUGAAAGCAAGAAGAUUUCCCAGCGCCUUGACAGCAAUGUUGUGUUUAAGUGUGUGUUGGGCCUCGGAACUGUCCUUCCUGCAGGAGCCCAGAGACGUGAUUGCAGUGCGCGAUCGCUCGCUCAUGCUGGACUGCAGGGUGCAGGGCGAGGAACCCGUCCAGAUCACGUGGCGUAAAAACGGAGUGCCUUUAACCACCAGCCCGCGGCUUCAGGUGCUGGCAAACGGCACUCUGUUGAUCCAAAGCUUCCAGAAGCGCAAAGACAGCAGCGACGCUGACAUGGGCGAGUAUGACUGCGCCGCCCGGAAUCGCUACGGCAUGCUGGUCAGCCGUAAGGCCAAAGUCCUGUUGGCCUCUCUUCCCAAAUUCCACACGCACCCUAUGUCAAUGACAGUGGACGAGGGCGGUGUCGCACGCUUCCAGUGUCAGAUCAAUGGAAUACCUGAGGCCAACAUCACUUGGGAGAGAGACAGAGUGCCACUGAGCACUGAUGACAACAGGUACACGCUCCUGCCAAUGGGCAUCCUGCAGGUGACAGGCGCCAGGCAGGCGGACGCUGGCGUGUUUCGCUGCGUUGCCGCCAACAUUGCGAACACGCGCUACAGCCACGAAGCCGUGCUUAACAUCAGCGGUGGAGCCCCCAGAACUUACAAGGAGCCUGUCAUCCUGUCAGGUCCUCAGAAUCUAACAUUAACCGUCCAUCAGACGGCCAUCUUGGAGUGCAUUGCAACAGGAAACCCAAAGCCGAUCGUUUCCUGGAGCAGACUAGACGGACGCUCCAUUGGAGUCGAAGGUAUCCAGGUUCUUGGAACAGGGAACCUGAUGAUCUCAGAUGUUUCUCUGCAGCACUCCGGCGUGUAUGUGUGUGCCGCCAACCGACCCGGCACCAGGAUGAGACGUACUGCACUUGGCAGGCUCGUGGUACAAGCCCCUCCUGAGUUCCUGCAGUGGCCGCAGUCUGUCUCCAAGCCAGCAGGGGGCAGUGCUGUGUUCACCUGCGUGGCACAAGGAGUCCCAGAGCCUCACCUCAUCUGGCUGAAAAAUGGCAAGGUUUUAAUGCCUGGACACAACAUCAAGUUGACCAAUAACAACAGUACUCUGGCUCUGACUCGUAUCAGCUCCGAGGAUGAGGCCAUCUACCAGUGCAUUGCCGAGAACAGCGCCGGCACAAACCAGGCCAGCGCCCGACUUGCUGUGGCGCAGGCCAAAGACCUCCCUGACACCCCUGAGGGACUCACCGCCAGCGUGCUGUCCGCCAGUGCUCUGCAGAUCUCAUGGCGCCAACCCCCUGCAGAAGUCACUGACGGGAUUAUCGGCUAUGUGCUACACAUCCGCAAGAUAGGAGAGCCUGACACUCUGGAGCUGCAGGAAGCCAUCAGCAAAGGUGCCUUCCAGCACGAUGUAAACAACCUGGAGCCAGCCACAACCUACUCCCUCUACUUGAAAGCCUACUCGCCCCUCGGAGCCAGCCAGCAGUCCCUAACUGUGGUGGCCACAACACUAGGGGGCGUUCCUACCAUGCCCACCUUUUUCACCAAGGUGAUGAAUUCCAGCGCUGUGCAGGUGCUUUGGGAGCUGCCCAGCAAGGCGGGAAAGGCUGAGGGCUUCAGGCUGUCUUACCGCAGGGUCCCCAAUGGCGACUUCCAGGGGCCAAUCCAGCUGCCCUGCCACGUCAACGCCCACACCAUCGCUAACCUGGAAGCAGGUGCAGUGUAUGAAGUCAAACUGGUGGCCUACAAUGGAAACGGGGAGAGUGACUGCUCCAAGAGACUAGUGUCCCUGGCAGAUAAAAUCACCAGUGCCCAAAAUACCAGGGACAAGACGCUGUGUGAGUGCAGGGAAGGAGAAGCGUCGCUGGGCAGCGUUGUCAUUGGCAUCCAUAUUGGCACGGCCUGCAUCAUCUUCUGUGUCAUCUUCCUCAUGUUCGGGUAUCGUCGCAGUUUGUUUUGCAACAAAGGGACUCAGGACAGCUGGUCAGUACCGAGGGACAACACAGGACACAAUGGCGUCCAUAAAGAGGUCACAGUCCCUCAGCAGGUGGCUGUUAGUCCAGCGCAAUGCCAGGUGGUCAUUGAGGAACACCCGUCGAGUCUUCCUGGCACGGGCAGCGGCUAGCACUGGUCAAUGACUCUCUCUCUCCCCCUCCACAUCCCUCCACCUUCCCCGCCAACACCCAUCCGUUUGACUCAGGUUCUUUAAAUUAGAUGUGGACCGAUUCAAACUGGUUCCACUGCACACCUCAUUCCUGACAUGACCCCCCAGGACUAGUGCCCCGCCCUCAAACCAAAGCAAGUUUGCCUUUAUCGCCCAUGCCCACGAGCAGAAGCGUGUUGAAAAAGCCUUUAAGAGCGUCUACGCCACAAAUGUGCCGUGUCAGAGCGCUUGCUGGGAGUCUGAUCAAUAACCAAAAUGUUUUAUAUACGCCUCAGAUCUCGCCUGCUGCCGCGCUGACACGCCUUUAAGCCAAAUAUUAGACGAGUGGGAGCUCUUCACCUUGCCUUGGCUUCCUCCUCAAUAGUGAGGGGAAGAACAAAGUGGCCUUCGUGAUGAGUCGUGACGCUCCUUCCAUGUACGCCGUCGUCUCAAAGCUGCUCCAAAGAACGCUACCUCACAUUGGCGGAGACCCUCCGCCAUAUUGGAAACUCUUUUCCCCUUCGCUUCUUUGACCAGUGCCGCCGUGCCGUGCCAGCUGCCAGAGAGGGUUCACCGGGUGGACCAGCAUGGAGAGAUGGCGCCUGACCUCGUCCAUCUACUGAACUUUUGCGACCAAAUGAGUCAUCAAAACCACACUUUCACUCUCCACACACCAAAUCGUGUCACCCGGAAGCCUCGAUGGCGCCGGAUUGGCAUCUGAAGAAGUCGUUAAGGUAAGACGCCCGAACGCACAGAGAAGGAAAACCAAGCUAAAUGACACCCAAAGAUCCUUUUAAUGGUUUUCCUUGGUUUCCUCCUGUUGAGAGACUACUUCCUGGUUGAAAGGCGUCGCCAAGAUUGCUUUAACUGAACUCAAGCCAAAAAAAAAAGCUAGCUCAGAAUUUUUUAUAGUAUUUGUUUGAUAUUCAUUUUCAACUUUUUUUUACAAACUUUAAGAGUGACCAAAUGAAAAUGUCAAACGUUUAUGUCCAUACAGGAAGCAGGGGUGUCCUUUGUUGGAUUUGUUGUUAUUUUUAUUCAUGAAAUAUAUUACACUCAUUUGCUCUGUCACCAAAACACAGCACAUGUGUUUAGUAUGGGACACAUUCCAGCCAAUCAGUGCACUUUGCUUGAACUAAACUUACAUCUGUGUCCUUCUUCCAACUUCAAUUUUGAUUAUUCACAUAUUGAACUACUCAAAAUGCGUAUUGGUCCAUCACAGGUAAUAUUUUUUUUCAUUUUACACGAGGUUCCUAAGUGAAGAUGACUCAUUUGAGUAACGUGAUUGGAAGUAACAGGAGUGAGUUUUAAAUACAAAAAGGUACAAACAUAUACAUAUAUAUUAGGGGUGUGGGAAAAAAUCGAUUCGAAUUCGAAUCGCGAUUCUCACGUGCGAUUCAGAAUCAAUUCUCAUUUUUUAAAAAUCGAUUUUUUUUUUUUUUAAAUUUAUUUAUUAAAAAAAAUAUAUAUAUAUAUUUAUAGUGUAUAUAUAUAUAUUUUUAAGUUAAUCAAUCCAACAAAACAAUACACAGCAAUACCAUAACAAUGCAAUCCAAUUCCAAAACCAGACCUGACCCAGCCAAACUCAAUAAACAGAGCAAUUGAGAGGAGACACAAACACUACACAAAACAAACCAAAAGUAGUGAAACAAAAAUGAAUAUUAUCAACAACAGCAUCGAUAUUAGUUACAAUUUCAACAUAGCAGUGAUUAAAAAUCCCUCAUUGUCAUUAUCAUUAGACAUUUAUAAAAUAAAUAAAAAAUGAACAAUAGUGUCACAGUGGCUUACACUUGCAUCGCAUCUCAUAAGCUUGACAACACACUGUCCAAUAUUUUCACAAAGAUAAAAUAAGUCAUAUUUUUGGUUUAUUGAAUAGUUAAAACAAAUUUACAUUAUUGCAAUCAGUUGAUAAAACAUUGUCCUUUACAAUUAUAAAAGUUUUUUUACAAAAAUCUACUACUCUGCUUGCAUGUCAGCAGACCUGCUGAAAUCCUAUGUAUUGAAUGAAUAGAGAAUCGUUUUGAAUCGGGAAAAUAUCGUUUUUGAUUUGAAAAUCGUGUUGAAUUGAAAAAAAAAUCUAUUUUGAAUCGAAUCGUGACCCCAAGAAUCGAUAUUGAAUCGAAUCGUGGGACACCCAAAGAUUCACAGCCCUAAUAUAUAUAUAUAGUAAAAAAAAACAUGACAUUUAUGCUAAUAGCAUGUUGACACCAAGCACAUUACAGUGACUCACCAGUAUAAUGUAUGUAAAAAUGACAUUAAAAAUAAUUUAGGUAACAUGAUGGAACGUAACAGAAGUGAGUUUUUGUUGUUGUUGUUUUUUAGCAUAGGUAGUAAAUAGAUUAAAUAUAGCCACAUACUAUUUAUACUAAUAAGUUGUUGACAUAAGCACAUUACAGUGACUCAAAAAAUAAUAUAUUUUAAAAUAUCAUCAAGAAAUAAUAUCAGAAUCACUACUGAGAGUAGUGGUUUUUGGAAUCUUUAGCAAAUACAUGAAUUAUAGCCACAUUACAUUAGCAAAUACAUGAAUUAUAGCCACAUUACAUUUUUGCUAAUAGAAUGUUGACACAAAGCACAUUACAGUGACUUCACAAAAUAAUGAAAAAUAUUUUAGGUAACAGUACUAAAGUAACAAUAGUGUGUUUUUAAGAUAAGUAGCAAAUACGUGAACUGUAACCACAGAUUAUUAAAGUAUUUCUGAUUCUGAUUCUGAUUACAUUUAUGAUAGUAGCAUGUUGACACUAAACACAUUGCAGCAACUCAACAAACUACCGUAUUUAAAAACUAAUAACAUUAAACAAUUGUUUAGGUAACAGGACUGAGCUCACUUUUGUUCUUCAUAUGGCCUACAGAAAAUGUGAAUCAUGCGACUUCCUGUAGCCCAGUGGUUCUUAAACGUAUCUCUCCAAGUACCACCAUAAUGACCAACAAUAAGAUACAGUAGCAUAUUAGGUCUAAGUAGUCAUUAAAAAAAAGGCACAGUUUUUAUUUAGCAAGUUAAAGUAAUAUUUUAGCCACUACAACAGUGCUCACAGUUUGAACAGUGACACUGUGUUUGAAUAUUUAGUUAGGUAUUCUUUGGCGUACCACUAGAUAGAGCCUGCACCAUAGUUUCAAUCAAUCAAUCAAUCAAUGUUUAUUUAUAUAGCCCUAAAUCACAAGUGUCUCAAAGGGCUGUACAAGCCACAACGACAUCCUCGGUACAGAGCCCACAUACGGGCAAGGAAAACUCACCCCAGUGGGACGUCAAUGUGAAUGACUAUGAGAAACCUUGGAGAGGACCGCAUAUGUGGGUAACAGAAUCAUUGUUGUAGACCAUGCUACCCUACCACACGAGGGGUCGUGUGGUAGAGUAACAGAACUGAGUGAAAUUCCAGACACACCACCAAAGUGUCAUUUUUUAUAUUUCUUAAGGAAAAUUUGAAUAAAAGUAUAGUGGUGAUAGGAAGGACCACAAACAUUUAUGAAGGAUUUAAACAAUUCAAAAUCUAUUUUUAGGACAGCAAAUGCUGCUUUUCCAGUGUUCAAAGACACAUUUUCUUAGUAAAUAAGGUGUUUUACAAUAUGCAUACUAUUUAUUGGGCAUGCAAAUGGCACUGAUUUGUUGGAAUGUGGCAAAUACUGCCUUUAACCAAUCUUUUUUGGAUUGUUUUGAGCAUCUUUAACAUAGAAAAUGUGGCCGCCCCUGGCUGGAAACACCCUGGACACCCCCUGCUUUAAGAAAUACUUCUUUUGUGUCCAAGUAGUGGACGUUUCUUGGCAAAUAUUUUGAUAUGUUGAAGAAAUAUGUAACCAAAUAGUUCUACGUUUUGAAGAAUAUAGCCUUUACACGUCCUCACUGACCAAAACACAUGCGCAUGCACGUGUGUGUGUGUGUGUGUGUGUGUGUGUGUGUGUGUGUGUGUGUGUGUGUGUGUGUGUGUGUGUGUGUGUGUGUGUGUGUGUGUGUGUGUGUGUGUGUGUGUGUGUGUGUGUGUGUGUGUGUGUGUGUGUGUGCAUGUCAGAUAUUAAGUGUGAAUAACAGCAGAGAAACUUGAGCAAACUCACAUUGACAGGAAGUGUGUGUGCGUCUUUAUUAUGCAGUUUAAUGACAUGCAGGCACAUUUGAUCAUGCAGGUUUAAAAAUACUCUAACGUACCACCUCAGAAAACACUUGGCUCUCUAAGCACCAUAAUGACUAACAUUAAAAUACAGUAGCAUAGUCAGCCUAAGUAUUCAUUAAAAACAAGGAAGAGGUUUAAUCAAACCCUUGAGUCAGCUCAAUUAAAAAACUAUGUUAAACCCCCUAACUGACGAAAAACCAAUGCUCUCAAAAAAUUGUUAUAAGUGAUAUAUUUGUUUUUAAACUAUCAACACUUUAAAUUCUUCAACAGCUUUAGACCUAUUCAUAGAUAUAAAGUUUUAAUAUAUCGGUAAUGGUUUUUUUAAUGUUUUAUGCUCUUUUAUGUAAAAAAAUAAAAUAAACACAAUUUUUUAUAAUGGAAAAAAAGCACAAAAAAUACAUACUUCGCAAAAAUGAGGUGUAAAGUGUAAUACUUUAGAUGAAGUAAUUACAGCCUUCAAUAGGUCAAUAAUUCAUAACAACACUGAUUUUGAUGCGUUAUUAUUUUUGGAACAAUAACUGUUUUUUUCCAAAACUCACACUACCCGAAAAUUAUUAUUUAUACUUAUAUUAUUAUAAGUAAGUCCAUUUAUUUAUCUCUGAUUCUGAAUCUUUUCAAGAGCAUUUAUUUUCAUUCUUCUACUGUUUUUUUUUAAUGCUGCAGGACUCCGCAUACAGCGCUGCCUCAAAUAUACGACUACAUGGCUUACGAGUUGCUCUGAUACGAGCUGGCUACACGUCCGACCGAUAGACUGAUAUAUCUAGAGCGUUUCGAAAUGUUUUUCCAACAAUGGGAACAAAGAAAGUGAGUGUGAAGGACAGUGCUGAGAAGAAGAAGCGGAUUGAUAGUCAUUGAAUUAAAGAAACAUUAAUGAAAAACAUGGCCGAGUGUGUAGCUAGCUAACUUGUUGAAGCAGUUGGAGUGUACCCUGCACCAUACUGAAUCAGAUUUGUAUUUAAUAAAAUAGCGAUUGUUUAUCCAUGAAAAUAUGGAGAAGCUGCUGGAAGGCGAUGUCGUAUAAGUAGAAGCUGUAUAUUAACAUAACAAUUCUUCAUAAAACUACUGUAGUUGUUUGUAGUACAGUCUAUUGUAUUGUUUUUCAUAAAAUAUUUAUUGUAUGAAAUAAUAUUUUUAUUUAUAAAAGACAUGUCACAUGUUAAUAUUGUGCUGUCUUUAAGCACAGAUUAAAUACAUUUUAAUUGAUUUCAAAGGCGAACGCUGUUAGGCAAUAUGAGUUUUUUUGAGGCACUGUCUGCUUCACAGAACCAAUAAAGUCAUCCAGGAGUACUACUGUGCUUUUAUACAGCGUUUCAUUUGUUGAUUAACAAAACAAAAUAGUUCAAUAAAAGUACAGUGGUACCUCAUUUUGUGUUAGUAAUUCGGGGGCCAAAAAAACAAGCAUUUUUUUUCCUAUAAAUAAUUUAAAUAUAUUUAAUUUGUAACAGACACACAAAAAUAUUAACACAAAACACAUUUUAGAGAUUAUAGUAUUGUCCUGCUGAAAACAUUUUAAAAUACGUAGAAAUGAUGAAAGAAAUGUACAAAUCAGAUAUGGCCCGCUACAUCGUUGUAUCGAGUCUGGCAAAAAUGUGCAUCAAUAAAGCAUAUUUAUUAAUGACUAUAGUUUAUCUUUUAAUAUCAACUGUACGGCCUUCUAAACUGUGUUAUCUGGACAUGCAACAAGAUAUUCCAAACAUUAUUUUAGUUAGGAAAAAUAAAUACCUAAAUAUUGGCUUGUCACACAAUGUAUGAUUUAAAAACAAGCUACCAAUCUGUUAAAAUAAUGAAAUACCUAGGCUUUUGUGUAAUUAUACAGUAAUACCUUUAUAUUCAUAUAUAUUUACUGCUGCAAACGGCCCUGAUGUGGCCUUCAAUGAAAACACCCUGUUAUAAAUGAACAUUUAACAUCACUUUUACUUUUAUUUAAAACUCUUGUCGGCAAAGAUGGCGAUGAGCAGUAGAAGGGGAGCGCUACCUUUUGUAUUUUGCUACAACAUUCUUGAUUUCAACAGUAUUUCUCAACUUCUUUAUCAAAGUGCUGGAACUCGCAAUUUUCUUUGGCCCCAUGGUAGAUUAUUUUGCUGUCAUACUCAAUUAAAAAAAAAAAAAGUAGAAAAAGACUGAUACAGCAGAAUGAUACGCGGCUAAACAGACAAGUUUGUUACGCGCAAAGUUUGUGUGUACCGUAACCGAGACGAUGUAUGAAAAAGUUUGUCAUAGACUUAUCAAAAUCAGAAUCUUACAAAAAGCGGGGCAUAUGAAAACCGAGGUACCACAACACUGACUGGUACUAUGACUAGUAAUGUUAACGCAACGUGACAUUUUUUCGGGCUAGUCAAAGUUUUAAUUCAUGCUAAAGUCGGUGAAGUGAGGUCGGUCAUGGCAACAUUCAUUAUUCUGUUAUUUUAUUAUUAUUAUUAUUAUUAUUAUUUAUCCAUUAUUAUUUUUACUUGACAUAUUUUGACUGUCAUCUGCAAUCUUCUUCAAAAGGCUCACCUGACCACUGUGAAUAUUGUCUGACAUAAUGACAAUUGUAAUAUCAUAAUGAACCCCAUUCGCCGCGGUUUACCUGAAACAUAAAACGUAACAAAUUUAGGCCGUGCACUAUCCGCUUUAGCCGCCAGAUGGCAGUGUUGAAUAACUUCAAAUGUGUUUUGCGGCAAUUCCAACUUGGACCACAGCGUCAGUUGCUAUGUAGAGUGGUGCUUUUCAUCAUUUCCAGCAGACCGCAUUGCAAAAUGAUUAACCCGCCUCUUCCUCUCGCGCGAGAUCCACCCGGGAAUGGGGCCAUAUGAGUACCUUCCCUACUUCUAGGUUAUUUUCAGACAGACUUUCUUCAAUGUGAGUUUUUUUCAAGCUGCUGUUUUCCCUCCAAGUUGACCUUCUUGCUUUUCUGAGUGUUCAAAGUCGAUUCCGUGUUAAACCUUGAUUGCCUUUCACACAUCCCAACACUUAGACAGCAGUUCAACACGCGCAAUACCAAAAAAGUGACAUGCGGGAUGUUUUCGUGGCGUGUCGUUUUUGAUGCGCCGCUUGUAUCUGCAGGAAAAGUCGCCAAAAGAAAUGUUGAAUUGUUCCUGUUGAUGAUUAGAUUUGAUACUUUUUACCAUGAUUUCUUUUUGAAGUUGUGCAGAGUGUACAUUUGAAGGCUGUGAUAUUUUUGCUUCGAGUAGAAUUGUUAGUGAUUAGAAAGCCGAGGAGAAACAAUGCUUUAAUGGUUCUAGAAGUGCUUCUUUGUUCGAUAUAAGCUUUAACUUGUUAAAAGUCACAGUGGCGAGCAACAUAGCAGACAAGCUUCAUUUUGAAACCAACACAAAGUUUCACAUCUCACCAAUUCAUGCUGCUUGAAAUAUUCAUGUUGUUGAUUUAUUUAUAUAUCUAAAGCUGUAUGUUUGUUAGGACCCAAUUCAAAGACACUAUAUAUAUACACACAGUACAUAACUAUGUAUAACUUUUUUCUAAAUCACUAUUCCACAAGUCAUACCUAAAAAGAAUCUGCUAAGCUUGGUGUCUGUUUUGUCUGCAAAUCGCUGGAAACGUUCUAUUUCUCACACACCAAC